UUUGUGAUCGCAAUCUGUGCCCUUAUGGAUGUCCAGUAUAUGUCACAAUCUCCUUCUCCAGACAACAAUUUAUUGGCAUCUAUUAACCAAUCUCUUUCAACCUUUCAUCAAAACAAAGAUGUUAUUAUGACAUUGGGCGCACAGACUGGUAUGAAGAAGACAAUCGAUAAUUGGUAUAUACCUAAGCUAGAGCUAAUGCAGAGCAUCACCACCAGCACACGCAAAGUUGGAGCCCUCAUCCAGUGGUCUGUGGAUGUCACUGAACAUGUGCAUGUGUCUGAAAUCAAGGAACCUGCGCAACAAACUAACAAUAAUGAUUAUGACCCUCAGAUUUGCCGUCAUUUAGAUUGA